GGAGCUUCGAGCGCGAGCUGAGCCCCUGGGUGAGCCCGGCCUCGGCGUCUCGCGGCGUGGAGCUCCCGUGGAAAGGUUAUCAUGGACCUGCGGCAGUUUCUUAUGUGCCUGUCCCUGUGCACAGCCUUUGCUCUGAGCAAGCCUACAGAAAAGAAGGACCGAGUUCACCAUGAGCCUCAGCUCAGCGACAAAGUCCAUGAUGAUGCUCAAAAUUUUGACUAUGACCAUGACGCCUUCUUGGGCGCGGAAGAGGCAAAGACUUUUGAUCAGCUGACCCCGGAAGAGAGCAAGGAGAGGCUCGGAAAGAUUGUAAGUAAAAUAGAUGGCGACAAGGAUGGGUUUGUCACUGUGGAUGAGCUCAAAGGCUGGAUUAAGUUUGCACAAAAGCGCUGGAUUCACGAGGAUGUAGAGCGGCAGUGGAAGGGGCACGACCUCAAUGAGGAUGGCCUCGUUUCCUGGGAGGAGUAUAAAAAUGCCACCUACGGCUACGUUUUAGAUGAUCCUGACCCUGAUGACGGAUUUAAUUACAAACAGAUGAUGGUUAGAGAUGAGCGGAGGUUUAAGAUGGCAGACCAGGAUGGAGACCUCAUUGCCACAAAGGAGGAGUUUACAGCCUUCCUGCACCCGGAGGAGUAUGACUACAUGAAAGACAUAGUUGUGCAGGAAACCAUGGAGGAUAUAGACAAGAAUGGUGAUGGCUUCAUUGAUCUAGAAGAAUAUAUUGGUGAUAUGUACAGCCAUGAUGGAAAUGCUGAUGAGCCAGAGUGGGUGAAGACAGAGCGAGAGCAGUUUGUUGAGUUUCGAGAUAAGAACCGCGAUGGGAAGAUGGACAAGGAGGAGACCAAGGACUGGAUCCUCCCUUCCGACUAUGACCACGCAGAGGCAGAAGCCAGGCAUCUGGUCUAUGAGUCAGACCAGAACAAGGAUGGCAAGCUCACCAAGGAGGAGAUUGUCGACAAGUAUGAUUUAUUUGUGGGCAGCCAGGCCACAGAUUUCGGGGAGGCCCUAGUACGGCACGAUGAGUUCUGAGCUGCAGACAGAGGGGCCUGCCUUUCUUCCAAAUAAUUUAUUUUUACAGCUCUGGUUCACAGAAAUUGUUUGCGCUACUAAGACUGUUAUCACAAACUUUUUAAGACGUGAAAAGGCGUAUUGAGAUAAUGAAAAUCACCCCGUCCCCAUUCCUGUCCCCUCUGAGGACCGGAGGGACCCGCGCCUCUAAAGAACACCUGAGUAGGACGCCCGUGUGUGUAGGUUACACUUUGUCUGGUGCAUAACAUGGUGUGCUUAGUUUAUAUUGCUCUCUAGUUGGGAGUGUAAUAUGAAGGAUAAAGAUCCUCCGCCCACACCUGUAGGCAGACAUCAGCCUUGACUCUUUCUCAACCCCUUACCACAUAUUUUUAUAAUUCUCACUUAACUAAUUUUUUUAAAAGCCUGAGGUAAUAAAUGUUCAGAAGAGGAAAGAAAGGAAAAUCAUGAACUCCAUGAUUUAUGUUUAGAGAUAGUGCUUUUUCUUAUCUGAUGUAGCUGUUCGGCUGCCACAGGCCCAGCCCCCGCGCCUGCCAUCAACCAGGCAAAGGGUGGACCCUGUGCUGUAACGAGGCCUGACGCAGCCUGACUUCCCCCUUCCCCCUUUAGGACUGGCAGUUUGCUAAUUCUGUCAAGCACAGCUGCGGUGGGAGAAUUAGGGCCACUGUGCUAAAGUCAGUCAAGAUGCAUGUGACUUCUUCUGAGGGCCAUUUCCAGCUCUUCGCAGAGCUUUUCCAUCUAGAAACAGCUGGGAAUCGAAAGGAAAAACUGUGUGCAGGGCACGCAUUUUACUCCUAUUGUGCGCCUUUUGAAGUCACUGUAGUCCCGGCCACGCCUUCCGAAGAAUUAAUCUUGGCUUUUACUGCUGUUAAAAUUGACUUUUUCCAGUCAUGCCAUUGAAAGUGCCUUGAACAGGAAAAUUGACCACUGAAUGGAGAUUCGAUUAUGAAACCAUAAGGUCAAUGAUUUGGGCACCUCACAUGGAAGCAUUUACCCUGAUCCAGGGGGAUUCCUCCCUUCCUUUUCUCUGGUGGACAGCAGAUACAUCGCAGUGUUAGUUACAAGCUUGGUCGCAGUGUUCUUACCCUGUGGGCUGGUUUCUAAAAGCCUCCUUGCUGCUGAUUGACCAGGGAUCCUCAUACCUCAGAAUGCAGACCACUCUUCACCAGGCCUCUGUUUACCAGAGCUUGAGCUGUGACUCAAGGACAGAAGGACCUACAGGGGCGCUUUGGUUUGAGGACCACUGCUCACCCUUCCUGUCUUUAACCCAUUUUAUCAUCUAUCCCCUUUUCUCUCUGACAUAAAAGGUGGGUAGGAGGGUCAUGGGUCAUCAGGUUGCCAUCCUUAUAAAAAAAAAAAAAUAAUAAUCUGUUGCUAGCUCCAUUUACCCACAUUUUAGACUCUUGCUGAUGGGCCUCCUAAGAAUUAUUAUACUCCAAGUCUUUAACCCUCAGGUUACUAAGAUAAAUAUAUGUCUGUAUAAUCUGUAUUAUUUCCUGUAUCUCUGAAUAAUACAUUCAGGCGGUGCUGGGUGAUGGUCACAUCUGAACCUGGACCUACCCUCUGGUCUUCCACAGUCCCGCUGAGUGGGCUGCUUGGUGUGGUGAAGAGCCCGGUGUGGGGUAGUUUUCACCCAGCCGUUUUAACCCCAGUGAAGGAGCAGUGACCAUCCUCUGCCUUCCAGAGCCUCGACUCUGUUGCUAAGGAGACCAGAGGUGUUACUGCCACCAACCCUGGCUGAGGACGGCUGCGCCAUACCCUGUGUGGCAAGAGGGCCUUCCAGCCAGCUCAUCAGGUGCACAGAGCCUGACUGGCAGAAAGUCACACACUCAAGCAGCAGGCCAAGGGUGCUAGGAUGGCAUAUUCUGGACAGGCUCUCAUCUCCACGAGCCCCACACAGUGUUGGGGUUUGGGUUUCUGGUUUAAAUCGAGUCUGAGGCAGUGAGCAAUGGCUGCACGUCCAUAGGGUAUGCUCUGUGAAUGUUAAGCUCUCUUGAAUUUGAGUAUUGGUUCUUUCUUUAUAGAGUGUAAACCAAGUUUCAUAUUCUGUAAUGCAAACAGGUGCCUAUCUGUUUCUGAAUAAAACUGUUUACAUUCAUCAGA